UCACACAUGAAGGACUCGCCUCACAUUUACAUUGGCUCCGCCUUUGUGGCGGGGGUCGUCCUCUCCAUAGCCUUCAAAGAGCUCCUUUACCCAGAGCUCGAAGAACGCAUCCGCGAGUAUCGAGCAUGUCGUUCUAUCAACCCUAAACAGACACUUCAGGAUGGACCUACAGAUGCUUUACUUGCAAGACAUGGCCCUCCUGCUAUUGUAGAAGGCAUUGAGGGCUGUAUCGGGAAUACUCCUCUCUUCCGAAUCAAGUCCCUGUCCGAUGCGACAGGGUGCGAGAUUUUAGGAAAAGCUGAAUUCUUAAAUGGAGCAGGCCAAAGCUCGAAAGAUCGAGUGGCACUGAGUAUGAUUGAAAUUGCUGAAGAACGAGGCAUCCUGACACCUCACUCGGGCGAUACAGUAUACGAAGGCACAUCUGGUUCGACAGGGAUCUCAUUAGCGACCUUGGCCCGAGCUAAAGGGUAUCUCGCACAUAUCUGCAUGCCGUCCGAUCAAGCAAUCGAAAAGUCAAACCUGCUUCUUAAGUUGGGAGCAAUAGUCGACCGUGUCCCGCCUGCUCCAAUCGUGGAAAAGAAUAACUUUGUCAAUCGAGCACGAGCACUCGCCCAAGCCCACGGUCAUUCUUCGACGGAGGAUUCGACAGGAGAGCCCGUUCCUCAACGAGGAAGAGGAUUUUUCGCAGAUCAGUUCGAGAAUGAGGCGAAUUGGAAAGCCCACUUUGAGGGCACUGGCCCCGAGAUCUAUGCACAGUGCAAUGGAUCACUUGAUGCUUUUGUUGCAGGCGCUGGAACCGGAGGCACCAUCUCUGGCGUGGCGCUUUUCCUUAAACCUAAGAUCCCCAACUUGAAUGUGGUAUUAGCAGACCCCCAAGGAAGCGGUCUGUACAACAGAGUCCGUUACGGGGUCAUGUUUGACACUAAGGAGAAAGAGGGUACCCGACGUCGGAGACAAAUCGAUACCAUCGUUGAGGGAAUCGGAAUCAACCGUGUGACGGCAAACUUCGAAGCAGGCAGGGAACUGAUCGAUGACGCUGUUAGGGUAACUGACGCGCAGGCUCUAGCCAUGGCCAGGUGGCUGGUAGAAAAGGACGGCAUUUUUGUUGGGAGUAGCAGUGCUGUGAACUGCUUUGCGGCUGUCAAGACAGCUAUGAAAAUGGGCCCUGGGCACAGAAUUGUCACAGUCCUGUCUGACUCGGGCUCAAGACAUCUCUCGAGGUUCUGGGCUCAAGCUGGAGAUGUCGGCGGUGCAGUGGACACAAAGCUAGAAGAUGUCCUGAAUGCAACGGAAGACUAG